AGACCUCCCAGCCAGCGCCAGCUGAGCUCUGCCCGGGACCGCCACCGCCUCCCUCCUCCUCACUUCUUAGCAGAAGCCUGGCAGCCUGCUGUGCGCUCUCCCUUUGGCAGGGCGAGUCUGGGGGUGGGAGGAUCCCGAGGGACAAGGCAGGGAGAGGGUUAAACGGAGCGAGCGGAGACUCCUAGAGAGAGCCCAAGAAGAGCGGGGAGGCUGCUCUGCACAGGGAGAGAGUGACGGCUCCGCUGCUCCCCCUUUGUUGUUUUUUUCCGAGCCGAGGUGUCGGCUCCGUCCUGAGGCAACGAGUCCUCAAACUAAAGUUUGCAAAUGCAGAUUGGCAAAAUACAUUUCAACAUGGAUUCAGCAGGAGUGUUUUAGUAUACCCAAAUGUUUUCACCUGGGGUCAGAACCUGUAUAAGGAAAGAGCCACUCCACUCCCGUGUGCCUGGGGAAAGAAUUCCCAAGAGAGUCGAGAAGGAGGAGCCUCCUCCCCAAACCAUCUCAGAUCUCAGCUUCUUAAAUGGAGGAAUGUGAAGGUUUGAUGACCUUUGAGGUGGCUGUGAAUUUCUCGGAGGAGAAGUGAGCUCUGCUGAUCCUGGCCAAAGGGCUCUGCACAGAGACCAGAUGGAGGGAAUGUCUGGGCAUCUGGCCUCUCUAGAUGAUGAAGGGGAAACCGAGAGAGAAUUUGAACAGCAGAGAAGGAAGACAGAAGGGGGAAAUGAUGGGGUUAAGAAAUCAUCUGCUACUGAGUGCUCUGACUUUCCUGACAUUCCAAUCCAACAAAAGAACUAUGAAGGAAACGAAAAUAAUGAAUAUUUUCCAUGUGAAAAAACCUUAAACACUAAGUCAAGAUGCAGCCGUAAUAAAAGAAUCCGUACAGGUGAAAAAACAUAUGAAUGUGGUGAGUGUGGAAAAAGCUUCACUCACAACUCGAGUCUUAUUACCCAUCAAAGAAUUCAUACAGGAGAAAAACCAUAUCAGUGCUCAGAAUGUGGAAAGAGCUUCAGUCAGAGUGCAAACCUUACUUCCCAUCAAAGAAUCCACACAGGGGAGAAACCAUAUAAAUGUAUGGAAUGUGGAAAGAGCUUCAGCCACAGCCAGAGUCUUUCUGGCCAUCAAAGAACACACACAGGGGAGAACCCACAUCAAUGCUCAGAGUGUGGAAAGAGCUUCAGUCAGAGUGCAAACCUUACUUCCCAUCAAAGAAUCCACACAGGAGAGAAACCAUAUAAAUGUAUGGAAUGUGGAAAGAGCUUCAGCCACAGCAGGAGUCUUUCUGGCCAUCAAAGAACACACACAGGGGAGAAACCAUAUCAAUGCUCAGAAUGUGAAAAGACCUUCAGGAACAAGAGUAACCUUGUUUUCCAUGAAAGAAUACACAGACGGGACAAACCCUAUCAGUGCUCAGAGUGUGGAAAGAGAUUCCGGGAGACCUCAGCCCUUAGUAUCCAUCAGAGAAUCCACACAGGGGAGAAACCUUAUCAAUGCUCAAAAUGUGAAAAGAGCUUCACCUGCAGGAGUAACCUUGCUUCCCAUGAAAAACUGCACACAGGUGAGAAACCAUAUCUGUGCUCAGAGUGUGGGAAGAACUUCAGGGAUAGCUCUCAGCUUAAUUACCAUCAAAGAAUCCACACAGGAGAGAAACCACACCAGUGCUUAGAGUGUGGAAGGAAUUUCAGGCUGAGCUCACAGCUUGCUUGCCACCAAAAAAUCCACAAAAGGGAGAAACCAUUUCAGUGCUCUGAGUGUGGAAAGAGCUUCAAGCAGAGCUCUGCUCUUACUUCCCAUAAAGUAACCCACUCUGAACGGAAACCAUAUAAAUGCUUUGAAUGUGGAAAGAAUUUCCUUCUGAGCGGGAACCUUAUUAACCAUCAAAGAAUUCACACAGGAGAAAAACCGUAUCAAUGCUCGGAAUGUGGAAAGAGCUUCAGCCAAAGCUCAGGUCUUAUUAGGCAUCAGAUAAUCCAUACAGGAGAGAAGCCGUAUCAUUGCUCAACAUGUGGAAAAAGCUUCAACCACAGUGCAAAUUUUGUUGUGCAUCAAAGAACCCACACAGGUGUGAAACCAUAUCAGUGCUCAGUGUGUGGAAAGAGUUUCAACUGGAGCACACAACUUGCUAAACAUCAAAGAAUCCACACAGGCGUGAAACCAUAUCAGUGCUCAGUGUGUGGAAAGAGCUUCAGCCGGAGCUCAGUACUUUCUUCUCAUCAAAGAAUCCACACAGCAAUGAAAUCAUACCAAUGCUUCGUGUGGAAUGAUGUUCAACAAGAAUUCAAACCUUUCUCGCCAUGAAAGUUUCCACACAAGGGGAAAACCAUAAUACUGCUCAGUGUACGGAAUGAGCCUCAAGACAGCUUCACAUCUUACUAGUAAUCAAAGAAUGCAUUCCUGUGGACAAACCAUGUAAAUACCCGCUGUGUGGAAAGGGGUUUAGCCAGAGUUCAGACCCUAUUUGACAUUUUACAAGCUAUAUGGGAAAAACCACAUCUAUGCUCAGUGUGUUAAAAGAGCUUCUGCUGCAUCUCAAGCCUUAAUGGACAUCUAAGAAUUCACCAAGGAUAGAAACCAUUUCAUUGCAGAGGAUGUGUGUGGAGAAACGAGGCAAACCUCUUCUUUUUGUAAAUAAAAUUGUAUAUGUAAAUUGCCUUGCUAGUCGCUGUAUUAAGAAAUGGGGUACGAGGAGGGGAGAGUCCCCCCUUUUACUUUUACUUUCUUAAGGAGCUUGCUGCCCCACAUCAAGAUUAAAUGGGGGAACUCUCCCCUCCUCACCCCCUCCCUCCCUGCAG